AUGGCGAAGAAUUUACUUAACGCUCUUCACCGGCAACCAAUCAAGACCAUUGUGAUCUGGUUAGAUAGCAUGGUAGUGCUUUACUGGUUGACCAAUCCAGGGAAACCAUGGAAGACGUUUGUCUCCAAUCGAAUCAAAAAGAUAGCUGAGAUAACCAACGAGCUUGGUAUCAUUUGGAAAUAUUGCCCGUCAAAUAUGAACAAUCGUCCAUUAACCUAUGUCGAAAGCGAAAGUGGGGAGGAAGAAGUACUAACGCCAAACGUUCUCAUCCGAGGGAGAAACACUUACCUUCUUGAUGACAUAGAGAAUGACGUAGACGAGCUUACGAAGAUGCAAAAGAGAAUCGCCAAAGCAAAGAACAACGCUUGGAAAAGAUGGCAACGAGAAUACGUACACAGUUUAAUGGAAAGCCAACGAGUAAACGGAAAGCCAGUUAACACGCCUGAAGGCGGUGAAGUAGUUUUAGUCGUGGGAGAAGAAAAGAACAGGAGCGAAUGGAAGAAGGGAAAGGUAGUGCGACAAGUCAAAGGAAAGGACGGAGUG